AUGGGAUGCAAUCCAGUUGUCUUUAUAACUGAUCAGUGCCCUGCAAUGAAGCAAGCAUCGCCUUUGUAUGUGGCAUAUCAUGCAGAAAUUCCAGAUGCUGUUGAUUUUACUAAGAAGGUUCAUAUGGCAGCUAUGGUAGGUGAACAGCCGGUUGAAGAGGUCACCAUUCUUGCACCAAAUGUUUCCAGGAACAAGGGAAACUAUUUCAAGCGGCUUGGGAAGACAUGGUGCGUGGCUCAGACAGCAGCCCCGGAUGAUAAACUUCAAGCAUUUUUGAUAGCGACUUGUGAAAGGUACAAUUGUAAGGCUAUAAUGCCAGGAGGCCCCUGCUAUCAACCCGCGAAUAUACAUAACCAUGCUUCUUAUGCUCUUGACAUCGCUUAUAGAGGCACUGGGGUUUGCAAUCCUGAUGUUGGCACCCCAACCAUCACCGAUCCUUCUUUCGGUAGCUGCCAUUACCCAUGA